ACUCUCUCUCUCAAUAUAACUUAUUAGUUUCAUAUAAUAAAUUAGUUAACUCAUUGUAGUAGUCCUAUUGAUAAUUUCCAACCAUGAGUCCACAUGAGAAUAACAAAGGGGAAGUUCUACCACCACCACCACCACCUCCACAAGAUACCAAUGAUGAGAAGUCGAAGAUCGACGAUUCUGUAAAUGCAUGGCUGCCGAUCACGUCGUCGCGCAAUGCCAAGUGGUGGUAUUCAGCCUUCCACAAUGUCACCGCCAUGGUCGGCGCCGGCGUGCUUGGCUUGCCCUUUGCCAUGUCUCAACUUGGAUGGGGCCCAGGCAUUGUUGUGCUGAUUCUGUCGUGGGUGAUCACCCUAUACACCCUGUGGCAGAUGGUGGAGAUGCACGAGAUGGUUCCGGGGAAGCGGUUCGACCGAUACCACGAGCUCGGGCAGCACGCGUUCGGCAGCAGGCUGGGGCUGUGGGUCGUCGUGCCGCAGCAGCUGAUCGUCGAGGUCGGGGUCGACAUCGUCUACAUGGUCACCGGCGGCCAGUCCCUCAAGAAGUUCCACGACGUCGUCUGCCCCUCCUGCAAGUCCAUCAAGCAGACCUACUUCAUCAUGAUCUUCGCCUCCGUCCACUUCGUCCUCUCUCACCUCCCUAACUUCAACUCCAUCGCUGGCAUCUCCUUGGCCGCCGCCGUCAUGUCCCUCAGCUACUCGACCAUUGCGUGGGGGGCUUCGGUGGACAAGGGGAAGCAGGCGGGGGUCGACUACGGGUACAACUCGUCGAACACGGCGGUGGCGGUGCUCAACUUCUUCAACGCCCUGGGCACCGUGGCGUUCGCGUACGCGGGCCACAACGUGGUGCUGGAGAUCCAGGCGACGAUCCCGUCGACGCCGGAGAAGCCGUCGAAGAAGCCGAUGUGGAGAGGGGUGGUCGUGGCCUACAUUGUGGUGGCACUCUGCUACUUCCCCGUGUCUCUCGUCGGGUACUGGGCUUUCGGAAACUCCGUCAGCGACAACAUCUUGAAAUCGCUGGAGAAGCCCCGGUGGCUCAUCGCCUUGGCCAACAUGAUGGUCGUCGUUCAUGUCAUCGGGAGUUAUCAGAUAUAUGCGAUACCGGUAUUUGAUAUGAUGGAAACAGUUCUAGUAAAAAAAUUGCACUUACAACCUAGUGCGAUUCUUCGUUUCGUCGUCCGCACCAUUUAUGUUGCAUUUACAAUGUUCAUUGCCAUAACCUUCCCCUUCUUCGGUGGUCUUCUUGGGUUCUUUGGAGGAUUUGCAUUUGCCCCAACAACAUACUUUCUUCCUUGCAUUAUGUGGCUUGCAAUCUACAAGCCCAAAAGAUGGAGCCUUUCUUGGAUCACAAACUGGAUCUGCAUCAUUCUUGGGGUUCUCUUGAUGAUCCUGGCGCCGAUCGGAGGUCUCCGACAGAUCAUCGUCGACGCGAAAAGCUACUCAUUUUACUCAUGAGAUGCCUCUUAAUUCAUCAACAACACAGAGUUUUUAAUUACUGUAUCAAUGAAUUGAAUUCUCUUGGAGCUCUAUGCACUCCUGUGCAGUUGUAUUUUACAUGUUGUCAAUUAUACAGUGGCUUUUUCUUAUGUAAGUGCAAAGGACACUGCCCUACACAUGCACCAAUUGUUUUUCCUUUUUUUUUCCUUUUUUUUUCUAAAGCUAUAUAUAUUGGAGUUUUUUUUUAAGUAA